AUGUGGAAUUUGGUAGAUAAUAAUAAGACACAAAUACCAAGCGGAAGUUUGGCAGAAGGACAGGAUCUACCAGGUAGUGACUUAGAUAUAAUGUAUCUCAUCAAUGGCGUAAACGUAAUUCAAAAUAGAUGGAAUAGCAAACAUCCACAACAACAUGUACAACAUACUACACUGGUUAUGGAGUUAGAUAACGAGCAUCCAGGAUUUACUAAUCUUCGAUUGAUCGUAGAGAUUGACACAGAAGCCGAAACUAAAUUCUUGAUAUCUGAAUGCUGUGAAAGUAACAGAAAUGGUAAAUAUUUAUCAGCGAAGUUAUUUCUGGAUAAAUUCGAGCAUUGUUUUGCGGGUUUUUCAAUAUCUCCACACAGCCCCUGUAUAACAGAUAGUGGUAAUAAUUACGAUUUAGCAAUGUGUCUACGAAGUGAAUACUUCCCGUAUAGCGCAAUUUCGUGGCCAAAACGUCAUAGACACCAAUGGCCUCCCAAUGUUAUAUUAUUCACCGAUGUAAUAUUGGAUGAGAGCCCAUCGGAUAGUGAAUUGGAAAACCAAUGUGUUCAACAAACCAAUAACCAUGAGUCGUGUGAUUCUAAGGAUCAGAAAGACGCUUCGCAGUUAGAUUAUUGGGGUUAUCCAAAUUGUUUUGCUGGUAGACACACCAUUGUUCAUCUUUUUGAAUGGAAAUGGUCAGAUAUUGCAGCUGAAUGCGAGACAUUUCUUGGACCACAUGGGUAUUGUGGGGUACAGGUAUCUCCUCCAAAUGAAAACCGUGUUGUGAUAUCACCACAUAAACGACCCUGGUGGGAGCGAUAUCAACCUGUCAGUUACGAAAUAAUCACCAGAAGUGGUAGUGAUGCUGACUUUACUGAUAUGGUGAAAAGAUGUAAUAAAGCUAAUGUCACAAUAUAUGUUGACGCUGUAAUAAACCAUAUGACUAAAGAAGAAAAACAAGGCAAAGGAACUGCCGGGUCUUCAUUUGAAUUUUCUGAUAAAGAAAUUAGUUAUCCAGUUCCUUUUUCAUCAGAACAUUUUAACGGAGAGGAUAAAUGUAAUACUACUGAUUUAUGUAUCCAUGAUUAUAAAAAUAAAUACGAAGUGCGAAACUGUCGUCUACAGGGCUUGGCUGACUUAAAUCAAGAGAAAGGCGAUGUUCAAAAAACGAUAGCAAAAUAUAUGAAUGAACUUAUCUCAAAAGGUGUUGCUGGCUUCCGGGUGGACGCUGCCAAACAUAUGUGGCCCAAAGAUUUAAAGGCUAUUUAUAAAAGACUUGAUAACUUAAAAAUAGGAAAUUUUCCUGACUCCACGAAACCAUUUAUUUUUCAAGAGGUAAUUGACAUUGGCUCAAAAGACGAAGCUAUACACGCUUCGGAAUACACAGGCAUUGGAUGUGUUACAAAUUUCAUUUUUGGAAUUAAACUUGCAGGAAUCUUCAGAGAGAAACAUAAGGCACAUGAUGCAAAAUGGUUAAGAAACUGGGGCGAGGCCUGGAGCAUGCCAAAAAGUACAGAUGUAGUCGUAUUCGUCGAUAAUCAUGACAACCAAAGAGGACAUGGCGCAGGAGGAGGUGUCUUAACUCACAAAGAUCCUAGAUUGUAUAAAAUGGCAACCGUCUUCAUGUUAGCCCACCAUUAUGGAUUCGCAAGAGUGAUGAGCAGUUUCAGUUUUGACAGCCCCGACCAAGGACCUCCACAUAACGAAGAUAUGUCUAUUAAGGAUGUUAUAUCUGGAUCAGACACAGUUUGUGGAAAUGGUUGGGUUUGUGAGCACAGAUGGCGUCAGAUACACAACAUGGUGGGUUUUAGAAAUGUUGUCCAUGGAACCGAUAUGGAAAAUUGGUGGGACAAUGGUAAUAACCAGAUAGCGUUUUCUAGAGGAAGUAAAGGAUUUAUUGCGAUAAAUGCAGAUAAUGUUAACCUUGAAGCAAAUUUAUAUACUGCACUCCCCGAAGACAUUUACUGUGACGUCAUAUCUGGCAAUUACGAAGAUUGCAUGUGCACUGGAAGAGGGAUACACGUCCGUGGUGAUGGAACCGCGUAUUUCCAUAUCAGCAGCAGUUCAGAAGAUCCCAUUGUGGCAAUACAUAUAGGUGCCAAAAUAGGAAGUAGGAAGAAAGUUACAACAUAAGGCAGAAAUGUAUAUUUGCGGACUAAUAUAGCAUGUAUUGUCCUGUAAAACCCCGAAAUAGAAAUGUAUUGUGUUUGCGAAGCCUGGAUGACAGAUUUGGUCCGCGGAUUCAUACAAAUUGCAUAAUUAGGCAAUUUUUGUAUGAUAUUUUAACGUAGUAUAGUGUUUUUUUUUAUAUGUCUUUGUUAUUAUUUUCUUUAAAAUUUACUGUUUGAUCCCUUUUAUUUGGUGAUAUUCAUUUGACGUGGCUUUGUACAUCCCGGCAUUGUGUUGUUUAUGCUAUCUUUCAUGUUUACUAAUGUGCUUUGUUCGUGUGACUUUUUUUUUCAUUGAUAUAUAAUUAUGCCGUGGCUAUGUGCUUAAACAUCCCGCCAUUGUGUUAUUGUUCUAUUAUUAUUUGAGUAAUCUUGUCCCUUAUAUUUUCUUAAGCUUUGUUUAUAUGCCCUUUUUUCGUGUCUGUGAUACACAAUGCCGUGCCUCUUUCAUAGAAGAAAUACACAAUACGCAUAUAGACAAGCGGCAAGCAAGACAUAGCAAUCUUCUAAUUAACAUUAUGCAGAAAACAAACAUAAAAGAACUAUAGACAAUAUUUUUUUCACACUGUGAACGACAAAAUUGUUUUAUAUCUCUACCGGUGUGACGUUUACAUUCUAACUUCAAACGCACAAUUCUACGUAAAAGUUAAUGGUAAUCUAACCAUUCUGUCCCAGGACUUUAAAUCUUUCAAUCCUGUAUUGGUGAAUUUAGAAUACAUAAAUCAAUUUAAAAAAUGGAAAGCAAUAAAUGAUGUUGUUUAAUUU